UUGUCCCAGCCAUACAUUCCAGUUUUUAUCAUGCUGCUGAGCCGCUCUUCUUCUUCUUGCCAUGGCCGUCCUCGUCCUCAGCUCAAGGUGGGAUCCUCCUCGCCCAUCAAAUGCUCCGCUGUGCCCAACGCUCCCAACAAACGAGCCAACAGAAUGAUUGAAUGGAGCUCUCCGGACGAAGGAUGGAUCCGAUUUGACAAAGAUGAUGAUCCGGAUAAGGAGGGCCAAGGAGGAGGAAGGGCAGCAGCUGAAGCAGCAGCAGCAACACAAGAGGGCAAAGACGAUCAAGCUGGACUGGACGACACCAUUACGGAUCUCAUAGCACACGUAUCGGGAACACAUUACGAGUUCUUGGGGAUCACACCUGAAGCUGACACAGAGGAAAUUAAAGUGGCUUAUAGGAAGCUGUCUAAGCAGUACCAUCCUGACUCCACCACACUCCCUCUAGAGGUAGCGGGAAAGAAAUUUCUCCGUCUCAAGGAAGCGUACAACGUGUUGAGCAGCGAGGACGACAGGAAGCUCUACGAUUGGCACUUGGCGCAGGAGGCAUCCAAAGCGAGAGGGGGCAGAUUCAUCUGGCCUUACGAAGUGGAUAGAAGCCAGCUCAGAGAAAGCAGCAAGCCUCCAAAAUGGAAAACCGAGUGGCAGCCCAAGCUAGACCCAAUUGAAGUGCUCGACGGGAAGAAUCUCAAGCUGAGCGACCAGCAACAGACAGCACUUGCGUUUGAUCUCUUUGCCAUCCUUGUGUCUGUUGCCACUAUGAUUUACGUUGGCUUCUUUAAACAUUGACCACCUAUGAGUGGCCGACUAUAGAUGAUCGCAAUUAAAGUAAGUUUAAAAGGA